AUGACGCCUCAAGAAUUAAUCAUCCGCGCUCCACUCGACUAUCUUCUCAACUUGCCAGGCAAAGAUGUGAGAAGCAAGUUGAUGUCAGCGUUCAACCAGUGGCUUCGUAUCCCCGAGGAAAAGCUUGAGGUUGUCAAGCGUAUUAUUAUGCUGCUUCACAAUGCAUCCCUGCUACUUGACGACAUCCAAGACUCCUCUACCCUCCGUCGUGGUUUGCCUGUCUCCCAUAGCAUCUUUGGCGUUGCUCAGACCAUCAAUGCCGCCAACUAUGCUUUCUUCCUGGCUCAACAAGAGAUCCCCAAGUUGGGAGACCCACGUGCGUUUGAGAUCUUCACCGAAGAAUUGCUCAACCUGCAUCAAGGGCAGGGCAUGGAUAUAUAUUGGAGAGAUGCUUCAAUCUGUCCAACAGAAGAGGAGUACUUCCAAAUGGUCUCAAACAAAACCGGUGGUUUGUUCAGACUGGCAGUAAGACUUAUGCAGUUGGCAAGCACGAGUGACCGAGACUAUGUACCCCUUGUAAAUGUGCUGGGACUCAUUUUCCAGGUUCGCGAUGAUUACCUCAACUUGCAGAGUGCUGCCUACACCAAAAACAAAGGGUUCGGAGAGGACCUGACCGAGGGGAAGUACUCAUUCCCGAUAAUCCACAGCAUACGCUCGAAUCCGUCAAACAUUCAGUUAUCCAGCAUUCUCAAGCAACGGACAACUGAUGUGGAUGUCAAACUCUUUGCAGUUUCGUACAUCGAGUCAACAGGCUCUUUCGAGCAUUGCCGACGAACGCUAGCACAGUUAACAGCUGAGGCUAGGGCGCUGUCAGAAAGCAUGGAUGAUGAAUCAUCCCAAGGCUCUGCUGUAGUAAAUAAAAUUUUGGAAAUGGUAGGGCUUGACGGCGAUGAGGUACCAAAAUGA